CUCGCGAGAGUUUGUGAACGCUUCCUCUUGGUUGGAUAGCGGCUUCCUGGCCGGACUUUUUCCCCCUCCUUUUUCUUUGGGGGAAAUUUCAACUUCUGUUUUCGCGGGUCCUCCGGGCCAAACAAUUUCGGACAGCAUUUCGCGGUCGGUCUUGUGGGGGCGGACGACAGGCCUGACUUGUCUUUUGCCGCCUUUUGUCUGUGGGAGCGCUCUCGAGUCAGAGGCCGUGUCGAAGACACAUUCCAGCGAUGAACGCGCUCAAAUAAACUGCAUUUCGUGCACUUUUGCGCCUAUGGCAGUCGCUCUUUCCACUUGACACCUCAAUAUUAUUUGGUACGGCUUUUGGAGGCAUGACAGGGUGUUGAAGUUAGGGGCUUACGAAUCUCUGAAACUUCUGUAGACACAACUGCAAGGGUUUGUGUAGCAAUUUGAAGGAUUGGAUGUCAGCAGAGACAACCUGGUUGUACUCUUUGAAAUAGAUAGCAGGCACUAUGGCACCAAAAAGAAGACCGGUCCCCUUGAUUAUAACACCUACAGGAGAAGGACAGUCAACCAACAUUGAUGCGGCGGCAGAGGCCAACCUCGAGGCCUUGCAGAGGAAGUUAGGAGAACUAGACUUGGAUGAACAGCAGAGGAAGCGUCUCGAGGCUUUCCUCACCCAGAAAGCCCAAGUGGGCGAGCUCAAAGAUGAAGAUUUUGACCCCAUAUGUGAACUCGGCGCAGGUAACGGUGGGGUCGUCCACAAAGUCCGUCAUAAACCCUCAAGACUCGUCAUGGCCAGGAAGCUUAUUCAUUUGGAGAUCAAACCAGCCAUCAGGAACCAGAUUAUACGAGAGCUGCAGGUCCUACAUGAGUGUAACUCGCCUUACAUCGUAGGGUUUUACGGCGCCUUUUACAGCGAUGGAGAAAUCAGCAUCUGUAUGGAGCAUAUGGAUGGAGGUUCUUUGGAUCAAGUGCUGAAGGAAGCCAGAAGAAUCCCUGAAGAAAUUUUGGGCAAAGUUAGCAUAGCUGUACUCAGAGGUCUCGCGUAUCUUCGGGAGAAGCACCAAAUAAUGCACAGAGACGUUAAGCCCUCCAACAUCCUGGUGAACUCGCGCGGUGAGAUCAAACUGUGCGACUUUGGCGUGAGUGGCCAGCUCAUCGACUCCAUGGCCAACUCCUUCGUUGGAACACGGUCGUACAUGUCGCCGGAGAGACUCCAGGGCACGCACUAUUCAGUUCAGUCGGAUGUGUGGAGCAUGGGCCUAUCGCUGGUUGAGCUGGCUAUUGGACGCUACCCCAUCCCCCCUCCCGAUGCCAAGGAACUGGAGGCCAUAUUUGGCCGGCCAGUGCUGGACACAGGUGGGGCAGAAGGCCACAGCAUGUCCCCAAGACCCAGGCCUCCAGGACGACCGGUUAGCGGACACGGAAUGGACAGCAGGCCAGCCAUGGCUAUAUUUGAGCUACUGGACUACAUUGUCAAUGAGCCACCACCCAAGCUGCCCCAUGGCGUCUUCACCACAGACUUUGAGGAGUUUGUGACAAAAUGCCUCAUUAAGAACCCUGCUGACAGAGCUGACCUUAAGAUGCUAAUGGGCCACACGUUCAUCAAGCGGGCUGAGGUCGAGGAGGUGGAUUUCGCUGGAUGGUUGUGUAAAACCAUGGGCCUUCACCAGCCCAGCACACCCACUCAUAGCGCUGAAUGAACGCUGGCUCACAGCGUAGCCACCCAUGCCAUCUCAUCCUCCGCUCUACUUCUCUCCUUUCUGCUCUCACAGGCCUGUAUGCUUGUAAGCCUCCGACACACCGCUGUGCGCUCUUUUGCCGUUCUCCGCUUGCUCUUCCCUUCCACUGCGGUGCAUUCUGGGGCAUUGUUCUAUGAGAGCCUCUGGUGUUGGAACACAGUCUUUUGAACGAAUAUGGAGAUUAGAGUCACUUAAGUGGAGUGGCUGUAUUUUUAACGACCACAUUAUUCAGGAACGUCCAAAUUGGUAAAGAUCAGCUAGGUUUUGUUUGUGUAACAGCUACUCCAUUAGUUUUAUGAUGUUUUUGUUUUCUUUUCAUGGUCGGUUUAUUAUUUUUUUUUCUUGCUAAAUCGCUACUUUUUUUGGCAGUUAGCAUUACACUGUGUUAAAAUGGAUAGCUUGAUUCAAUGGCAAACAUUUAAUUGAGAAUCAACUGCCAUUUGCAUCUAAAAAUAAGAAUGAAAACCAAAGAGGGCUACUGUUGAUCAUAGAGGUUGGUUUAUUGCAAAGAUGAUUAUAAAUGCAAUCAGCAGCGCUCAAGUGCAGACGUACAGGUAGCAAGUAAUCAAGUCACGCCAAGCAAUGGCCACACAUUAGCAGAAAGAAACGUAAGCUUAAUUAGAGUUCCUGUAUCAGAUGCCCCUUGUCCUACUGCUGUGCCUGUGGAAAAGAUCAGUCAUUUAGUAUUCAUAAAUGCUUGAAUGGUUUUUCUUCAAUCUUGCUUCAUUUUUCAACUUAAAAUCAUCUUCAGAAGAGUAUAUUUGGGAAGAAUUAUUGUUUCUAACUUAUGCUUAAAUGAUUUCUUUUAAAUUUCAUACUUUUGAUUUCAAGUUUGAAUACAGCCAGGGUUGCACCUAUCUUUACAGUGCUUUUACAAUAAGCCCAAUGAAUUUAAACACGUCAGAGACCACAACAGGUACACUCAUAGUCUGGUCUUCAGUGGUAUAUAAAGUGCAAAGUAACGUCUCAGGCCACCAUGUACAGUGCUAUGCAGAUCAAAUGAACCUCAGCAGAUAUUGCUGUAUUAGUAGGUCUUAUAAAUACACGGGUGUUACAGAUGGGCAUUGUGAAGUGUGGCUAAAGCCCACUUGCUCUAAAUAGCUUUGUUUCUUUUUUUUUUUUCUCUUUCCUUAGUACUUUUCAGUAACAUUGAAACUGUAUUACACACUGGCAUUCAGCUCCGACAAAGUGAAUGCGUCGCCACACUUAUGUGUAUAAAAUAUAUGUACAGUACAAAUGGUACUGUUUUCAGUCUUAAAUAGCAUUUUAUUUUUGUUUUUGUUUGUUUUUUUUUGGGACUAGUUUAGAGAAGAGGAUAUAAGUCAUUUUAUUACCAUAUGGAAUGUGUUGAAUACAGUUCUAAUAUAAAAAUAAAACUUAUUUGUGAAUGAUUAUA